AUGGACAAGGACAGACUUUUAAAAGUUCUUCAGAACAAAGAAAAUCAGCUAAACGAAAUGCAAGCGCAAUUUAUCAGCCACAAUAAAACAAUAGAAACGCUGCAAAAGCGGAUUCGAAACGUAGAAGGAGAAAAUGAACUGCUGAGGAGAAAAAUCGAGCAAAAAGACAAAGAACUAGAAAAAGAGCUGAAAGAAAAAGACAUUAUUUUUGCCAGAAUACAAGAAUUAGAGAAGACCGAUCAAGAAAUAGAAAUCAAUACACCUAAUUUAUUGAUUGAAGAUAUAAAACCUAUAGAAAAUGAAGAGAUUAUCAAUGUCUCAUCAUCAAAAACUGAAAAUGCCAAUAGUUCUGAAAAGCAAGAAGAAGAGCCUGAGAAGCAAAUAGAGCCUGAAACAUUUAUUUCGAAUGAAAUCGAUAUUACAAAGGAAUUGGAAAAAAUGGGACUUGGUGAUUUGGUUAAAAAAUACUAA